AUCGGUGCUGACUUCCUUUUUUUCCAGGCAGGAGUCAGCUGCUUGUACAGGAGAAGUCUGCAGAACCCGUGGAGCAAUUCUUCGGAUCAGGCUCGAGCUUGUCCUGGUGGUUUGACUGGAACAAGAAUUACGGAACAAUCAUCUUUCCUUCCGAUGCGACCCCUGCGACUGUGGAUGCCCAAUUCAUCCCGAUGAUAUUCGACAACGCCAUGUUCUCAAAUGCCGACAAGCUGAACGCUGGCUGGACGGAGAUCAUGGGAUGGAAUGAGCCCGACCUGCACUCCAGUACGGGUGUGUCGGUCCCUGUCGACCCCAUCGUAGCUGCCGGCCAAUGGAAGACAAUGUACGACUCUCUCAAGCACGCAAAUCCCAGUGCGAAGCUUUGGUCGCCCGCCGUCGCAGGCGACAAGGACUGGCUCCAUAGAUUCUUCGGAGCCAUCUGUCCUAACGGGCUCGACGGAUGCCGCUAUGCGCCUGACUACCUCGCCAUUCACGUCUAUGGCUUGACUCUGAAAAGCUUCCAAGAUCAAGUCAACGCGUACCAUGUGGAGUUUGGGCUGCCCAUUGCAGUGACAGAGUACGCCUGUUUUAGCUGGGAGACCAAGACUACACCUCCGGACAAUCAAGUUUCCGCCUUCAUGACUCAAACGAGACAGUGGAUGGACUCGACCGACUGGAUCGUCAAAUACGCGUGGUUCGGGGCCGCUCGAAAUCCUGAUUGGCUGUACGAUGUCGCUAUUACGAACAAGCUGAUGGAUGCAGGCGGUCAAUUGACCACAUUAGGCAAGCAAUGGAGGUCUGGACAGUGAGAGGCGGAUUCUGUCGGACGUAGAUAUCCCCAAAUUGAACCGCUUGAAAGACUGUACGAAUAGAUUAUAGGGCCGAGGACAAUGCACAUCCCAGGUCCAAUGUUGGUGUUGUGCAGCAUUACCUUGGCGUGGAUGUGGAAGCAGUGUCUUGAAGCUAGACACGAAUGGCAAGGCGGCGACGCA